AUUUCGUUGAUUAAAUAAGCCAUUCAAAAUGGCUUGCUUCAGAACAAGUGCCCGAAUUUGUAGGCAAUUUUUAUUCAAUAAUUCAUCUUCAACAAAGUUUUCUGCGGUUUUUAGCUCUCCAAGGUGGAUGUCAUCAGGGAAUUAUGAAUACAUAAUUGUGGAGAAAAAAGGCGAAAAAAAUAAUGUUGGGUUUAUUCAGCUGAACAGACCAAAGGCACUUAAUGCACUUUGUAAAGGUCUCAUGUCUGAAUUAGAUCAGGCAGUCCAAAAAUUUGAAAAAGACAACGAUGUUGGUUGCAUUGUGUUGACAGGCAGUGACAGAGCAUUUGCGGCUGGGGCAGAUAUCAAGGAAAUGCAGACUAAAGAAUUUUCAGAUGUCUGGAGAGGCAAUUUCCUAAGUGAAUGGGAUGCUUUGUCAAGAUGUUCAAAACCAGUCAUUGCAGCAGUCAAUGGCUUUGCUCUAGGAGGUGGUUGUGAGGUAGCUAUGAUGUGUGACAUUAUCUAUGCUGGUGACAAGGCACAAUUUGGACAACCCGAAAUCACGUUAGGCACAAUACCAGGAGCUGGAGGUACCCAGAGACUUUGCAAAGCUGUCGGAAAAUCCAAGGCCAUGGAAAUGGUAUUAACGGCCAAUAGAAUAUCUGCAGAGGAGGCAGAAAAAGCAGGAUUGGUCAGUAAAGUCGUGCCUGCUGCAGAACUGGUUAAUGAGGCCAUCAAAACAGCCGAGAAGAUCAGCAGUUUCUCCAAAAUAGCCACAGCCAUGUGCAAAGAAGCUGUCAAUGCAGGUUAUGAAAUGACUUUAAAAGAAGGACUUCAUUUUGAAAAGCGAUUGUUCCAUGCAUCUUUUGCAUCGAAUGAUCGGCGGGAGGGAAUGACAGCUUUCUCCGAGAAAAGACCACCAAAAUUUACAGACAGUUAAAGCAGGAAACAUGCCUAUUUGUAGACAGCUGUGAUUGCCAAGUUUCUUAAUCAUUAGAAAUCUAAAAUGGUACUGCAAUAUGCAGAUACAGGACUUUGAUCAGAAGGAAAUGAAUACAGGGACUUUUUCUGUGUUGGAGUAUACAAUCAUAAAAAGAGGAGUGCUUUGAAUGCUUUCUUAAUAUUGAGUUAUAAUGUAUUACAUUUAUACAUAUGCUGUGCACAUGGUUUAAACAAAACCAAUAAAUGAUUUGCAGAAAUUA